AUGAUGUUCUGUGUGCUGGGCUCAACACUCAUGAUCAGAGCUCAAGCCAGAGAGAAAAAGCAGAAAAUCUUUGUAGAAACCAAAGUCAAGAUUUUCCUGCUCUUUCUGACUGACCAAUGGCUCUUCCCGCCCUUCCUGACUGACCAAUGGCUCUUCCCGCCCUUCCUGACUGACCAAUGGCUCUUCCCGCCCUUCCUGACUGACCAAUGGCUCUUCCCGCCCUUCCUGACUGACCAAUGGCUCUUCCCGCCCUUCCUGACUGACCAAUGGCUCUUCCCGCCCUUCCUGACUGACCAAUGGCUCUUCCCGCCCACCCUGACUGACCAAUGGCGCUUCCCACCCUUCCUGACUGACCAAUGGCGCUUCCCGCCCUUCCUGACUGACCAAUGGCUCUUCCCGCCCUUUCUGACUGACCAAUGGUGCUUCCCGCCCUUCCUGACUGACCAAUGGCUCUUCCCGCCCUUCCUGAUUGACCAAUGGCUCUUCCCGCCCACCCUGACUGACCAAUGGCUCUUCCCGCCCACCCUGACUGACCAAUGGCGCUUCCCGCCCUUCCUGACUGACCAAUGGCUCUUCCCGCCCUUCCUGAAUGACCAAUGGCUCUUCCCGCCCUUCCUGAAUGACCAAUGGCUCUUCCCGCCCUUCCUGACUGACCAAUGGCUCUUCCCACCCUUCCUGAUUGACCAAUGGCUCUUCCCGCCCUUCCUGAAUGACCAAUGGCUCUUCCCGCCCUUCCUGACUGACCAAUGGCUCUUCCCACCCUUCCUGACUGACCAAUGGCUCUUCCCGCCCUUCCUGAAUGACCAAUGGCUCUUCCCGCCCUUCCUGAAUGACCAAUGGUGCUUCCCGCCCUUCCUGACUGACCAAUGGCUCUUCCCACCCUUCCUGACUGACCAAUGGUGCUUCCCGCCCUUCCUGACUGACCAAUGGCUCUUCCCACCCUUCCUGACUGACCAAUGGUGCUUCCCGCCCUUCCUGACUGACCAGUGGCUCUUCCCGCCCUUCCUGACUGACCAAUGGUGCUUCCCGCCCUUCCUGACUGAUCAAUGGCUCUUCCCGCCCUUUCUGACUGACCAAUGGUGCUUCCCGCCCUUCCUGACUGACCAAUGGCUCUUCCCGCCCUUUCUGACUGACCAAUGGUGCUUCCCGCCCUUUCUGACUGACCAAUGGCUCUCCCCGCUUUCACUAACAGAGAGGGGAUGGCCCUGCCCACCCUGGCUGACCCCGCUGGUGACUGCACCUCACGGCUGUCUCUGGAGCUGCUGUGUGAGCAGAUAUUUAAGCACAAACUCCAUAGCAUCCAGGUUUCUGGAAUAA